UAUGGAGAAGCAGGAGGUUUGUUAAAGUAUUUUGAACAACAAGUCGUUGACAAUCCAUCCUUUCAACAUGCUAUUCAACUAGAUAGUGAAGAACAAAUAACUAAUAUAUUUUGGGCUGAUGCUAAGAUGUUGAUAGACUAUGCUUUAUUUGGUGAUGUAAUUACAUUUGAUACCACAUAUUCUACCAACAAAGAGUACAGACCUUUUGGAGUUUUCGUAGGAUUUAAUCAUUUUCGAGAAAUAGUUGUUUUUGGAGCAGCUCUCUUAUAUGAUGAAACACUAGAUUCUUUUAGGUGGUUAUUUGAAACUUUCCUAGCAGCACAUAAUCAGAAGCAUCCAAAAACAAUUUUUACCGAUCAAAAUGCGGCAAUGGGAAGGGCAGUUGGUGAGGUGUUUAUUGAUACAAUACAUGGUUUGUGUUGUUGGCAUAUGGGUCAAAAUGCAAUAAAGCAUUUAAGCUCGCAUAAGGCUGAAGAACCAACAGAAGGGUUCCUCCCUAGUGAUCCUGGUGAAAAAGAGGAUGAAGAACCAACAGAAGGGGACCUUCCUAGUGAUUCAAAUCAAAAGAAGGAUGAAGCAACAACAAUUUUGAAGGAAUACAACCGCUGCAUGUAUUUAUAUGAAAAGGAAGAGAAGUUUGAAGAAGUUUUCAAGUCAAUGCGAUCUAAGGUGAAGAAUGGAAGCUGGUUGGAUGGCAUUUACAAACUAAAACACAAGUGGGCGUAUUGCUACAUGAAGGAUGUGUUUACAUUGGGAAUGCGAAGCACACAACUCAGUGAGAGCUUCAAUAAAGACCUUAAGCAGCAUCUGAAAUUUAAUUUGGACAUAGUGAGGUUCUUCAAACAUUUUGAAAGAGCCGUACAAGAGAAGCGGGAGAAGGAAGUAAAGUCUGAACAUGAAGCUAGGAAAAAGUUGCCGAUGCUAAAAUUGAAGGGCACACCGGUACUACAGCAAGCAGCAAAUGUUUAUACACCACCUAUAUUUAAACUCUUCCAGGAGGAGUUUGAAAAAUCAACAGCAGCUUACAUCAAGAACUCAGUGCAAAAUGAUUCGAUUAAUGAGUUUAUUGUUGCCAUCUGCAAUCUUGAAGGGCGGCCAACUAGUACUUAUGGAUACAAAGUUUCCGUUCAUCCCAUUAAUCAAACAGUUUCUUGCAGUUGUAAGAAAUUUGAGAAACACGGCAUCCUUUGUAGCCAUGCUUUAAAAUCACUAGAUAUGAUGAAUAUCAAGUUGAUUCCAGAAGCAUAUAUUCUUAAACGAUGGACAAAAGAAGCAAGAUCAGACAUCGUGCAAGAUAACAACGGAAAGGAUAUUGUGGAAGAUCCUAAGUUGGAAAAAUUGCAGCGAUACAGAUCAGUAUGCAAAAAAUUUGCUCGCAUGGCUUCGAGGGCAGUGGACUUUGAUGAAUCAUAUUUCUUACUGGAUAGUUCACUUGAUUCAAUGAGCAAAACCAUAGAAGACAAAAUAAAAGAAAUUUUCAAGCCAGAAGAUUCCCAUGAAGAAAGUUUGCCGAUGCCAGAACAAACUUUGGACAGUAGAGUGGCUGGUUUAAAAAAGAGAGAGGGGGAAGAGUAAUAAGAGACCAAAGGAUUGGGUCGAGUCAAUGCAAGAAAAGGCUAAAAAGAAAGAGAAAAAACAGGCCAAGUCAAAGCAAGGGAAAUCAAACAAAACAAGCAAAAGUGGAACCAACAGAAAGAAAGGUCCAGGUGAUGAAGUACAAUACUACAACAAUAAUGGUGUCGAGGUACCGAUAGAUAUCUUGUGGAUGAAUGAAAACAGAGAUGAUGCAGGUUUCACGGAUUCGUUGCUGGGAUCUUGCAAUAAUGGUGUACCUCCAUCAUAUACUAAUCUUACGGAUACCACAUCUACUAGUUUCACAGAUUUGUUGUUGGUAAGGUUUUAAUUACUUUAUUAUGAUGAAACUUGAGAACAUUGGAACUUUGGUUUCUCACAAGUUUAUAACAUGAUUCAGGGAUCUUGCGAUAAUGGUUUACCUCCAUUACACACUAAUCGUAUGUAUACAACAUCUACUGGUUUCACGGAUUCGUUGUUGGGAUCGUGCGAUAAUGGUUUACCUCCAUCACAUACUAAUCUUAUGCAUACAACAU